AUGCAUCCUGUCGCCCCGCCCGGUCCUCCACCCCGCCCUCUGCUCCAGGCGCUGCGCGUCAUCGCCACAAAGCGCGGGCUGCUGCCUGCUGGCCUCUCCCCGCGGGCGCAGGCCAGGGUGCUGAGAGACCUGGUCCAGCGGGGCCGCCUCGCAAACGAGGCGGCGGCGCUGGGCAUGCGCACGGCGCUCGGCGGGCAGCAGCCGGCGCAGCGCCCUGCGGACAGCGGCAGCGGCAGCGACAGUGGCGAGCUGUCGGCCGAGGCUGCAGAGGGGGAGGAGCAGGAGAAGGAGCAGCAGGGACGGAAGCAGCGGCGCCGGCGGCCGCACAGGCAGGAGCAGCAGCAGCAGCAGCAGCGGGAGCAGGAGGAGCAGGAGCAGGAGCAGGAGGAGGAGUUUGACCCCAUCGAGUUCAGUGAGGAGGCGCCCUCCAGGGCGCUUGCGCUGCAGCCGCCUCACGCACGGCCUUGGCAGCAGCAGCAGCAGGUAGCUCCAGGGUGCCGCGAGCAACAGCCGCGGCCCGACGCAAGCCUGCUGGGCGCAGCUGCGGGCGUAGCUGCAGCCGACUCAGAGGGCCCUGACAGUCCUUGCGGGUCGUCCGGCCGGGCCCUUAGGGUGCAGGGGGAGGGGGAUGGAGCCGUCCAGGAGGGGCCGCAGCAGGAGGAGGCCGGCGCUGGGGGCGGUGUCGUGGAGGAAGACGCCGCGACCGCAGGCGGCGCGGCCGGCGUCACUGACCUCCGCGGAGCGGCGCCGCCGCCCUCGCAGGGUGCGGGCUGUGGCAGCCGGGGCUCGUGGCUGCGGCGCGAUGACCGCUACGACCGCGGGCAACGGCAGCCGCACGACCCCUUUCACCUCCUCACGCAACCGCAGCAGCAGGAGCAGCAGCGGAUGCAGCAGCAGCAGCAGGAGCAGGAGCAGCAGGAGCAGCAGGAGCAGAUGCCGAAGCAGCGGCGGAUGCAGGAGCAGCAGCAUGAGGAGCAGUGCCUUGCCCCGAAGCCAGCGGUUGCAGGGGUGCAGGCUGCACCGCAAGCCACAGCCAGCGCCCCAGCCCACAACCAGGCUACGUCAUCUGCAGGCACAGGCGCACGUGCCACCGCGACAGCGGAUGCACACCGGCGGCCGGCGGCACCGGUGUGGCAGCCUUUGGCCCACCCGCCGCCGCGUGUCGCGGGCAACAGCCCCUUCUGGGACGUGCUCUUUGCGGUGAGGGGCCUGGAGGAGGCCCUGUGGGAGGCGUACGGCAGUGACUCAUGGCACAUCAAGCUGAGGAAGCUGCCGGACGGCAGGCGGCGGUCGAAAGCGGCGCUGCACUGGGUGGGGCGGCAGCUGGGCUACCGCACGGGCAUUGAGGAGCGGCGCGCGUUUGCAACGGGGGACUGGGCGCGGCUGGUGGCAGCGUUUGAGGGCGGGGACCGGCGGCGCGCGAGGCGGAUCCUGCGCGCGUUUGCGGCCGCCGAGCACAACCGCCGCUGCCAGCGCCGCCAUAAGACGCAGGCAUAA